AUAAAUAUUCGUCUAAUUUAAUAUUUUUAUAGAUUUUAUAUUUGUUUCUAAUCAAUUUCAAUAAUAUUGUCUUUUUCUUUAUUAUUAUUAUUAUUAUUAUUAUUAUUAUUAUUAUUAUAAAAAUAGUUGUUUGUGUACUAAUUAAUUUGUUAAAAGAUUUUAAACUGGUAAAGUUCUAUUCAAUAAAUUUAAUCAUAUUAAAAUGGUAAACUUCGUUUUGGUUGGGGUUUGUUUUGUCCAGACUAAAAUGGGCCCGAAUGGCCCAAAGAGAGCAACAAAUUUGUACAAAAAUAUGUUUUUGGGGCCAUUCACUUUUCUUAAACAAAAAACAAAAAAGGGAAAGUAAAAAAAAAAAGUUACCUGGAUGGAUAGGGCGUUGGUGAAGAUUGAAACUGUUUCUUUGUGAAUGUUUCUCAUGAAUCGGGUAUUAAACAUAAAUUUCGAUUUGAUUUCCUUUCCUCUUGGCAUAAUACUUGUUUUAUCCUGCAGAUCCACAAAUGAAGAAGAUGAAUCAGUCGAUUUGCUUGGUCACGAAAGAUUUCCGAGCAAAAACAACUUCCAACUUUUUAGAUGGAUAAUAAACAGAUUUCCGAGGUAAUUGUUUUGAUUGAUUAUGCAUAUAAAUUUGAAAUUUUUGGAAAGAGUACUGAGGUAAGUUCUGAGGUAAUCGUUUGAUUGAUUAUGCAUGUCAAUUUGAAAUUUUUAGAAAGAUUUUCGAGGUAAUCGUUUUGAUUGAUUAUGCAUGUCAAUUCUUUUCACCUUCGUUUAAAUUCGUAUGUCCAGAAGAAGUUCUUUGGUGUCUCUUUGCUCACGAUUGAAUAAUAUAUGUUUAUGCUUGUAUAAUUUAUGUUCCUUAAUUUUGAGCCUCUUAUGAUUUACACUAAAUUUUCAUUUCAGACAAAUUAGUGUAUGAAAAAUUUGAUUAAUCUGAUAUAAAGCAGAAACUGACAUCUGUUCUUUAACGUGCCAGUGAAGUCUAACCGGGCACAUGUGGUGUGUGCAUUGUAGCACAGGAGUGUUGUUUUUUCUCGGUGUGUUGAGACCUUUUUUGCUUAGAAUCUUAGAAUAAAGUUUAUGACAGGGAUUUAAGUGAUUUGUGUUUUCUUUUUGCUCACUUGAAGCAGUUUUUUUUUGUUCUCGCAGCCACAAACACAAGAAGGGCAAGGAGUCGUUGUAGAAAGAAGAGAAGGAAACGCAACAACUUGGAUGCUUUCUCGCUAAAAACUGUGAGUAUGUGCAGGCAACAUUCCAUCCCACUGCGGAAGCAUAAGUUUGAAAUGUUGUUAGAUCACUGAUUCUUAAGCGUAAAAUUUUAUCUUCUAAGUUUACUUACUCAAAGCUUGUGUUUUCCUUCUUUUGUCAGUCAUGAUAAAAACUGUAGACGACACGAUAUUGGGAGGACCACAAGCUUAGGACCAAGCAGCUUGAAGUUCUUUGGAAGCUUAAGAGGAGUAGUUUGGAAAUUCUGGAUGUUGUGCCACACUCCAACCGGAAGAAGCCUUCCUUUACUCUCAAUGUACUCUCAAUGUAAGUCCUUUUGUAUGUUGCAUGAAUUAUAUGACAAUCAGAUUGAAAAUAUUAAGAACAAAAUCACAAUUUUAAAUAAGACAUAAACGACAAAAUAUACAUAUUUCAAAAAAAUAAGUAGACAGUUAUGAUUGCUUACAUUCUCAUCAGCCAAGAUGAAUUUCAUGGUUUCCCCCUGAUAGUUGAAUGUUUUGUUUCCAAGAGUGUAGAACCUUCACAUGAACAAACCAAAUAUUUUUCCAGGGCCUCACGUCUUUAAUGCCGGUAACUUUUUCAUUAGAAGCUUUCGAUGUUUGGAUUUGCAUGUUAGUAGACAUAGGUUUGUUUGACUGUGUGGGUUUGAUUAGGAAGAGGCCUUGGCUAUUUAUAAUAUGAAGAGGUUAAAGGGAGAGGUGCUUAGGUUCUCAGGGAAACUUGGGGCAUACUCUAGAUCAUAUCUCACGAGAUUUUGUACACUAUAUUAUCGAUAUCAUUUAUUUUUAAUAUUAGGAAAAUUUAGUUACCAAUUUGAAAGCCCAAGAUAUUAUGUGGGUGUUGCACACAUUAAUAUGAUUAGUUGAUUGAAUCCUUUUAACCGUGAUUUUAGUUAAAUCAAAUAAUCUUGUUUCUCUAUAUUCUGUUUUACAUUUAUUCUAUGUAGCAAAUAGCGAAUCUUAUAUUUAUUUGAAAUAAAUGCUGUGGAUUAAUGACCGAGUUGUUAGAAUUAUGAGUUAAAAAUAUACAAUUAGUGGUUGUUUAAAAAAGAAUAUACUUGGAAUAGAUUUGGUUUUCAAGUGAUGAAUAAAUUAGUGGUUGUUUAAAAGUUAAAUACAAUUAAAAUUAAAUAUUUUAUAGAAUUUUAUUAUAAAUACACAAAUUGAUAAAUUGGAUUUGCAUGUUAGUAGCCAUAGGUUUGUUUGACUGUGUGGGUUUGAUUAGGAAGAGGCCUUGGCUAUUUAUAAUAUGAAGAGGUUAAAGGGAGAGGUGCUUAGGUUCUCAGGGAAACUUGGGGCAUACUCUAGAUCAUAUCUCACGAGAUUUUGUACACUAUAUUAUCGAUAUCAUUUAUUUUUAAUAUUAGGAAAAUUUAGUUACCAAUUUGAAAGCCCAAGAUAUUAUGUGGGUGUUGCACACAUUAAUAUGAUUAGUUGAUUGAAUCCUUUUAACCGUGAUUUUAGUUAAAUCAAAUAAUCUUGUUUCUCUAUAUUCUGUUUUACAUUUAUUCUAUGUAGCAAAUAGCGAAUCUUAUAUUUAUUUGAAAUAAAUGCUGUGGAUUAAUGACCGAGUUGUUAGAAUUAUGAGUUAAAAAUAUACAAUUAGUGGUUGUUUAAAAAAGAAUAUACUUGGAAUAGAUUUGGUUUUCAAGUGAUGAAUAAAUUAGUGGUUGUUUAAAAGUUAAAUACAAUUAAAAUUAAAUAUUUUAUAGAAUUUUAUUAUAAAUACACAAAUUGAUAAAUUGGAUUUGCAUGUUAGUAGCCAUAGGUUUGUUUGACUGUGUGGGUUUGAUUAGGAAGAGGCCUUGGCUAUUUAUAAUAUGAAGAGGUUAAAGGGAGAGGUGCUUAGGUUCUCAGGGAAACUUGGGGCAUACUCUAGAUCAUAUCUCACGAGAUUUUGUACACUAUAUUAUCGAUAUCAUUUAUUUUUAAUAUUAGGAAAAUUUAGUUACCAAUUUGAAAGCCCAAGAUAUUAUGUGGGUGUUGCACACAUUAAUAUGAUUAGUUGAUUGAAUCCUUUUAACCGUGAUUUUAGUUAAAUCAAAUAAUCUUGUUUCUCUAUAUUCUGUUUUACAUUUAUUCUAUGUAGCAAAUAGCGAAUCUUAUAUUUAUUUGAAAUAAAUGCUGUGGAUUAAUGACCGAGUUGUUAGAAUUAUGAGUUAAAAAUAUACAAUUAGUGGUUGUUUAAAAAAGAAUAUACUUGGAAUAGAUUUGGUUUUCAAGUGAUGAAUAAAUUAGUGGUUGUUUAAAAGUUAAAUACAAUUAAAAUUAAAUAUUUUAUAGAAUUUUAUUAUAAAUACACAAAUUGAUAAAUUGGGAAUAUACUGUAAUACCUUUGGUUCAAACUCUAUUUUCAUAUUUUAGGGUUGAUUAAAGUGCUAAUAAUACAAAUCUAAUCUAUAUUUUGUCAACUUCAUAAACAAACAUUUGAAAUAAGACAUACAUAUGGAGAUGAACUCAAAUAUAAUUUGUACAUUGAUUUAUAAUUCUGUGAAGUAUACGUUAUAUCUCAGUGGAUAUUGUUUUUAUAGUUUAGAAUGAACAUGGUAUUAGGUUUUGUUCUGAGUUUGAUUAUUAACAUUAUUUCAUUUGGUGAAAAAUAAUUAAUCAGCUUGGAUUGAUAUUAUAAACGAAAUGGGCUUUCUCGGAUUGGAUUAACAUUACUCCGAAAUGGGCUUUAUUAGUUUGUGUUUAAAUGGUUCUGCAAUUUAAUAGGUCAUAAAAACUCCUGUUUCUGAUUGGCUGAAUUAAUAUUGUCGAAAAUCAUUUAAAAAAAGAUGGAAAGGCAGUGGCAUUCUUUUGUAAUUAAUUUGAAAACCUAAGGGCAGAAUCCUAGUAGGGAUUCUGCUUUAAUAGUAUAGAUAUAGAUGUCUAUCGUAUCUUUAUACAUGUUAAAUAAUAAAGAUAAAUAGUAAAUAAUCAUGUAUAAACAUGUGUUUACUCAUGAAAUAAAAAAAAAUCAAAGAAAGAAAUUGUGACAAUUAAUCCAUGAUUUUUACUAUUUUGUUGUUGGAAUUCAACGAAAACAUUUUGCAAGUUUCUCUUAUAAGAGUAUUGUUAACGUUUAGAAAUUCAAAUGAGUUUUCUGGAAUAUAUUUUACUAUUGAGAAGACAAUUCUAUUAAACUGAUUUAUGAAUUAAUUAUUAAACACUUACAGUAUGACACAUGUAGAAUUAGUUUCUCAUAUAUUUGUUAAAAUUUGUGCAAAAGACGACUCUCAUUUUCUUAAAAAAUCUUUUCAUUUUCUUAUCCUAAAGUACCUAUUGAGAACUGUCUGAUGCUAAUCACUGAUCUAAAUGUACAAUAUUUUACCAAAAAAAAAAAUACAUCAUAAGUUCACCUUAUGUAGUGUUAGUUUAUUUUCACUUGAUUAUACUCACGAGUCACUUCUAUAUAUAAAUAUAUAUAUAUAUAGGUUUGUAAAACAUAUACGUUUAUGUGUAACAAUAAGUGCAGAUUAAUAUUAUAUCGACGAAUUACGCAUGCAAUAGAACAACGAAUCAACAUCCAAUUAAUGCUGUUAUAUAGAAUAUGCAGAAGUAUAACGAAGAUCAAAGUUGAUCUUAAUCAUCAUUUUAUUAAACUUCGCUUACAUCAUACUUAUCCCAUUAUAUAGGUUGACGUACCAUGUGAUGAUUCUAGCACCGAAAAAAGCAGGAACCAAUUAACUCUAUAUUACAUUACAUACAAUACAAAUACGUAAUUAAGACAAAAAUGCAUAUCCAUAUAUAAUAUAGUAAUGAUAUUGACAUAUACAAAAAUAAAAUAAAAUAAAACGAGACUGUUUUAUGUGAACCAAAUUUUUGUGAUCUUUACUGUGGUAAAUUUGAGAAAAUGCGAAGAAAUAUUUUAGGGUUUACAAAAAAAAAGAGGAUUAUAGGGUUUAUAUAUUGUCACCGAUAUCGGCUCAUUUAGGUUAAAUAUUAUUAUCGUUUUAGGGCUUUUUAUUUUUCGCUCGUGUCACAAUUUUUUACGCUCUCUCCUUACACGUGAAACACACCCUCCAAUAUCUAUUUUCCACGUGUCGACGUUACAUGCCCACACGUAAAGAAAAUGUUUUAAUCACCACGCGCCUAGGGUUUUUUUGGGCAAACAGUGGUUGUGACCAGAAUCGCAGAUUAGUCGACGUGGAGGUCUCUCAUUGGGUUAUAUUUCCUAUCCUAUCACACAGAAACGUAGGCAUAUUGUCUUGCUUUUUUUCUAACGUAGGUGAGUUGGGUUUCCUUUUAAGAAAGCAAUGAAAUCUUAUAAAAUAAGUAUGUUUUUAUUCUUAUUCAAUUUUUGGAUACACCCUAAUAAAGCUAUAUGUAUUAAUGCUGAGAUUUUUUCCAGUAAAAGGUAAGAAAUAUUACACAGAUAGAAAUGUAUCUUUCCUUUUUAAUAUACAUCUAUGACAAUAUGAAAGAGUGCACCCAGUAUAUAGAAUAGCACGUAGACUAAUAGAAAUAUGAAGACCAGAUGGUGAAUGGCAGUGCCAAAUGUUCAACAGAUGAGCUGUUUUUAGUCAAGAAAAUGAGAAAUUUUAUAUUAACAAUAAUUACUUUUGUUGGAAUAAACUUUCAUUCUGACCCAGAAACCCCUCAUUGCAAAGAUAAGAAGAGAGCCACAGAUUCUCUAUCUCUUUCUCAACAGCCUCUCUAUAUAAGCCACAGAAGAAAAGGUCUCCCCUUCCCCCUCUCUCUCUCUCUCUCUCGUUUCGCUAGCAAACGUUUUGCUAGGGUUUUCUCGAAAUCACACUCAAAUUCUACUCAUCUCCCAAAACAAAUCAGUCCUUAAAACUUCAAUCAUCCAACCGUGUUUCUUCGUUUGCUGCUUAAGAUCCAUAUAUAGUUUAAAUCUCGCGUAGAUCUAUUCCUCGCUAUCCCUGGUUGGAUUUACACCAGGUACGGACUAUUCACGUGCAUAUAGAUCUGACCCGUAUUUGCUCUCUGAGGAGAGAUCGUAUAAUGGUGGAAGUUAUAAUCACCAUUACGACAAAAUCUUUUUCAAAGCAAACCAAUGAGAUCCUCCACUAAGGUCAGCUCAAUCGUCAUAAAUCUCACAGGCGCUAACAACGAGAUUGGUAUGGUAGUAUGUGAUGGUUUCUCCAUAUGUGACUUAAUUGCCGAAGAGAGAGAAACGGAUCCCAAAAAAUAUUGGCCGUUUCCAGAGGAGAGUGCUAGUUUGGUAGACAAACAAAGCGAUUCUCUUCCUCAUUGGUGGCCGCCUAGCUUGGGCCGCACCAGAAAUAUCGAUGCUGAUGGGACAAAUGAAUCUGGACUGCCAUCAAAUUCAACAAGUAUAAGUAGCACGAACGGGCUCAAUGGCAGCUCUUCUAUUAUCCCUAGUCAAAGCGAACUGAAUUCACGAACUGCCAUUGAUCAAGAGAGACAAAGGAAUAUUGAUGUUGCAGGCAGUGCUGUUGUGGUGAAUGAGGAUAUAAACUGCGAAAGAUCCCAGGUUGAUGAUCAGAGAGAUAACGCUGUUGUGGAGACUGAUGAUGUUAACUGCGAAAGACCCCAGAAUGAUGGUCAAAGUGACAAUGCUGUUGUGGAGAAUGAGAAUGUAAACUGCGAAAGAUCUCAGCAGGAUGAUCAGAGAGAUAAUGAUGUUGCGGAGAAUGAAGAUGUAAACUGCGAAAGAUCUCAGAAGGAUGAUCAGAGAGAUAAUGCUGCUGAAGAGAAUGAGGAUGUAAACUGUGAAAGAUCUCAGCAGAAUGAUCAGACAGACAAUAAUGCUCUUGUGGUGAAUGAGGAUGUAAACUGCGAAAGAUCUCAGAAGGAUGAUCAGAGAGUUACUAGGUCUAGCAAGAAAGUUCAUCCACCUCCGUUUAGAACAUACGCCCUUCGGAACAAAACCACAAAGAAUUACGCAGUGGUUGAACCAAUAGGAAACAAGAGAGCUGAGAAACAACCAAACGUGGAGCAGCUGGCUGUGACUGAGAUAGCUGCUUGUGCUGAAGACACGCAGCCUGAGGAGUCUGAGAGUAGAAGCCUUUUCAUCGGUGGGGCGCCCAGUACGAGAACUCGGAACGUUCGCACGCGGAGACUCGCUGAAGUGAAUGGUAAGCGUACAGUUCAAAAGAGGAAGUGCCGACCUGGGAGUAGCACUACACUGAGCAGGAAUAUAAGCACAGCUGGUGCAGCUUCAGGAAAUGCCUCCAAAACCGUUGAAUCUGCUCAUGGUACUGAAUCAACUGAAAGUGAGUUUGACAAAGAUCCUAUUAAGGGUAAGAAGAAGAACGUAAGGUUCCAGGUUGAAGACGAGCUUGAUACAGAACCUGAACCUGAGGUUGAUGACGAGAAGGAUGAAGAUUUUUAUCCUUGGGCUAGGAGAACUAAGAAGGUCAAAAUAGCCAAAAAGAAGAGAGCUACAACAGCAAUGAAUCCCAGUGACAAGGCUUCUUCGAGUGUGCAACCGUCAUUGAAUGAAACCGAGACGGUUCCUUCUCCACCAAGGGAUCAGGGAACUGAGGAAAGAGUGGGUACUUCACUUGACGAUGAGUUGGCUUCAGAUGGAUAUGUCAGAAAAACUAACGCUCCUCCGGUUAAUGAAAGGCAAGAGAAUAACCGUAUGAGGUCAAGCUAUGUUCCAGUGUUUGGUAACCCUUCUAUACCAAACACAGGUAGAGGGCUGGGAACUGGACCGGGUGCUAUUCACUUCGGCAGCAGCAGCAGCAACAGGACCAAUCAAAGAAACACCUCUCCUUCAACACAAGUUGCAGCUCAAUCUACCGUGCCGCAAAAGGAUGCUUCUAUACCAAACACAGGUAGAGGACUGGGAACUAGAUCAGGUGCUACUUACUUCGGCGGCGGCAGCAGCAGUAACAAUCAAACCCCUCCUUCUACAGUAGCUGCAGCUCAAUCUACCGUGCCGCAAAAGGAUGAUUCUAUACCAAACACAGGUAGAGGGCUUGGAACUGGACCGGGUGCUGUUUACUUCGGCGGCGGCGGCAGCAGCAACAGCAACAAUCGAAGAAGCACCCCUUCUUCUACACAAGUUGCCGUGCCGCAAAAGGAUGCUUCUAUACCAAACGACAACAGUCGAAGAAGCACCCCUCCUUCUACAGUAGUUGCAGCUCAAUCUUCCGUGCCGCAAAAGGAUGCUUCUGUACCAAACACAAGUAGGCUGGGAAGUGGACCGGGUGCUAUUUACUUCGGCAGCAGCAACAACAGCAGCAGUCAAAGAAGCACCCCUCCUUCUACGGUAGUUGCAGCUCAAUCUUCCGUGCCGCAAAAGGAUGCUUCUGUACCAAACACAAGUAGGCUGGGAAGUGGACCGGGUGCUAUUUACUUCGGCAGGAGCAACAACACCCCUCCUUCUACAGUAGUUGCAGCUCGAUCUUCCGUGCCGCAGGAUGCUUCUGUUUCAGACAGAAAAGGGAAGGGAGUUAUGGUCCAAAGCCAUGAUGAAAGGGAGAACACUCAAGAGGUACCACCAAAAACACCUUUUUUGUUCGAUCUCAAUGAGACGUAUGAGGAUGUUACCUCGCUGGAGGACAACACCAACGCAGCAAGGGAAGAAGACCGUGUCCCCAUUAGAUCAAACCAGAACUCUGUUGAGAUAUUCACACCAAGGCAGAACUCUUACAUGGCUUCUUCCUCAGUUAUGCCUCCUCCGGUGCAAGAAAGCCGCCGACGCAGCUCAAUUCUGUUUCCUGGACACAACCCCGAAUGGAUGGGGAAUGUCCCAAUGGCUAGUCCUUAUCAUCAUCCAUCUCCAUCCACCUAUCAGCCAAUGCGUGUACCUCCUCAUCACUACGGAGCACCUUCUCCACCAGUUUGGGCAUCAUCCAUGAUACCACCACAGUAUCAUCAACAUCAUUUCAGUCCUCCUGCUCCUUUCAACAUGGAUUAUCCGAGUAUGUUUGCACAAGCACCGAGCAGUGAACCGCGGAACCUCAGCUAUUAUGGGGCCAACUUGCUGAACCAAGCGAUGAUGAGCCGCAUGGAUCCUCGGUUUAGAUCAAACACUCCCGUUGACCACCAUGGGAACUUUGGUUUCGCUCCGAGACAUGUUCACCCGGUUAACCAGUUUAACCAAUUUGUUGAGCUUCAAUGUAGUCAUGAGAGGUCGGUUUAUUCUAGAACCAUCAGUAACCAAGGCAGAUUCCAGCGAAGGAGAAACGCAGCGAGCUUCAGCAAUGCCUCUACAUCGUACGCAGCAAACAGUUCUGGUUCCUCUAGCUGCGUUGUUAGCCGUUACCCUGGUGAGAUCAGCGAGAUAGAGCCAGGGAAUAUCUACUUGGUACAUCAAGAAGAUCUGCAUGUGCCUGAGCGCAUUUCGGAGUUUCAGCAGGCUGAUGAGGAGCAAGCUGGUCCAAUUACAGAAAGUGGCUAAAGACAGACAACGUGGAAGAGAUUUGUGCAGGUACUAGGAGGAAGAGAGCUAUAAAGAGACGCCUAGUCCUGCAGAAACCAGUGAAGUCAAUCUUCCCAGUUUCUCCGGUUCUUGAAUUUUUGAACUUUCACAUUUCUUAUCCUUUUUUUAUUAUUAUGUUUGGUAACGCAUAAAACAUUCAUCUUGUGCGUAUACCUUAAGUGAUUGUGCUACCCUUGUUGGCUUUGUUUUUCGUAUUUUGGGAUUAUCUUUCAGACUUAUUUAUUUAUUCCGCUGGAUUU